CCUACCGGCUGCGAUGCGUGUUGCGCGCACUACAUCCAGGGUUACGCGCCUCCUCAGCUUCAAGCACAGAGAAAACAGAGAAGGAGAAACUUCAUAGAAAUGGCGGCGGAGGGUGCUACGACUCUCAAAGGCUUGCGAGCCCAAAUGGCUGCAGCUGCACAGGCACAAGCUGAGGAGCGGCGCAGCCUGUCAGGGAACAGCCCAGGACCUACAACCAACGCAGCAGCAGCUAAACCUCAGGGGAAUAGGCCAGUCAUUGACGGUGCUGCAAUUAGAAUAGACGACCGACUGCGAGUGGCAAAAGAGAGGCGAGAGGAGGCAGACAGACAACAGGUUGUGCGAGACUCUCAGAUCAUGGAGCGGGAACGCAAGUCCAAGAUGCAAGUGGAGCGUCAGCUGGAGGAGCGUCAGAAAAAGGUUGAUGAACUGAGAAAAAAGGAGGAGCAGAAACGAUUGGCUGUGGAGGAGAAGAGGAAGCAGAAACAGGAAGAGGAAAAGGAGCACUACGAGACAGUGAUGCGGCGGACGUUGGAGCGUAGUCAGCGAGUGGAGCAGAGGCAGAAAAGAUGGUCCUGGGGAGGACUAUCCACAGACUCAGAUGGGCGAACAGGAGACUCUGAUGCCAGCACCUCAUCUCCAGUAACUAUAGUUAUCUCCCCUGCCUCGCCAGAAAAGCCACCAAGGAGUCGACAAGUGGACAAGCGCUCCACAUCCACCAUGAACCUGAAACAGCCGUCCGAGGCUGGCAUCAGCAAACGCCUAUCCUCCUCCUCCGCCACCCUUGUAAAAUCUCCUGACAAACGUGUUAAGCAGAGGAGUUCGUCUUGUAACCGGUUGUCUAACAAUGACAAUGCUGCUCAGGCCACUAAGGAAGAAGGCAAAAAGCUUCAGGUGGAACAGACAGGCCGUUCCGUCAAGAAGAGAAGUUCCUCCCUCACACGAGUAAGUGUGGGCAGAGCACAGACCCCAACCAAGCCUGAUAAGGGGACAACGGAUGAUCAAGCUCGCAGGCCACCGGCCGGCACUGUGGACGGAGGGGUCCUUAGUCGCCUGCUCACCCCCACCCAGGCCUCACUAGCUAGGAGCAAGAGCGCCGCCGUCCUGUCAGCUGAAGGAACAGAUGCUCCAGAGUGUCACCUGUGUCCUCGCUCAGCCUCUGCCAAUCCCCUUCACCCACCGCGGGGACCCGUGCGCAGCCGCAGCAUUGACCGACAGAAGAGCGGCAUGACCACCUCCGUGUCGGCCGACGGAGCCCUCGACCCUUCACUGAAGGACAAGCAGUUAACAUCGCCUGGAGGGCAACGUCCCGCCUCCCCAUCUACUACCCUGGGACGCAACCGUUCACCUUCCCCAGCCCCCAACCCAGCUCCAAAGAGGACCCCCUCCCCAUCAGCAUCCAAGCAAAGUCCCAAGACACGCCCACCCUCACCGGGUGCAAUGAAACAACGCCCCCCGUCCCCCCAGCCUACGUCGGCCAAACCUCCACCUAUCCAGAAACCAGCUCUCACUCCAACAGGGCCCCCCACCUUGCGAAAGAGGGACUCCAAGUCCAAGGAUCUGUGUCCUGUCCAGGCUGUGUCUCCACUGUCCUCUGAUUCCAGCAAGACCAAAGAGAAAGAUGACUCUAAAGGCUCGGCGGGAACCAACUCGGCCGCGGAGGCAUCCAAGAUCCUGGCGGAGAACCGCAGACUGAUGCGAGAGCAGAAAGAGAAAGAGGAGCUGCUCAGGGUACAGAGGGAGGAAGAGGAGAAGCUGAGAAAGGAAGAAGAGAUGCGUUUAGCGGAGGAAGCUCGACUGAAACGCGUGGAGGAGGAGAAGAUUCUUGCAGAGGAGAAGAAAAUAAAAGACGAGGCAGAUGCUCUCGUAGCAGAGGAGGAGCGGGUGAGAAUGGCAGAGGAGGAUGCAGUGAAACAGGUCGAGCUCCAGAAGGAGCGGGAGGAGGCUGAGGCCAAGGCCCUGGAGGAGGCAGAGAAAGCCCGGCAGGAGAGAGACCGCAUCAUGCAGAAGAACCAGCAGGAACGAAUGGAGAGGAAGAAGAGAAUUGAAGAGAUAAUGAAAAGAACAAGAAAGGGUGACAUGAAGAGCGAUGCAGGAGAUGAUGAUGAUGAUGAUGAUAAAGAGGAAAAUGGAGAGGAGGGAGAGGACUGUGACACUGAUGGCCAGACAGAUGACAUCGGCAUGGAGGACUACAAAGAUGAGUGUGGUCUGUCCUCUGGUGAGCCGGGGGCACAACGAGAGGAGCCCCUGGGCAGCGUUAACGGAAAACCAGAGACAGACGACAAGGAGAAUAACAACGGCAUAAGCACAGAUGAGACUCAGGCAGUGAGUCCUGUCCCUAAGGGCUGCCUCGUCGAGGGCUCAGAGUUCCUGAAUGAGCAGGAUUCAGCCAAGGUGGGGUUGGUCUCAGGUCUCAACGGUAAAUCCAACCAGUGGAGCUUUGAGGAACUCAUUGACCUCAACGUCCACUCCAAGACUCGGCCCCUCAUCGAGGCAGAGGACUGUAACCAGGUCUUGAUCAACUGUGACGGGGGCACAGACGGGUCCAGGGUAGCCUUUGAGGACAAGGGAACCCCCGUCAACACCCUGCAUUCCUCUAAUCAACCCAUAGAAACCCUGUCAGAGAUUUGAUGCUGCCGCCGUCGCUGAGAAGCCUCUUAACUGUUGCACUCGUAAAGUUCCUGUCCAGCUGAACUCCUUAAAAAAUGUCCUUUACUAGUUCUCAACAGCUUCCUCCUCUUUCUCCUCCUCCUCCUCCUCCUCCUGUUCCAGAGGAAGGAGCACAAGGUAAAGCGGAAAGACCCCCCCCCCAAGUGCUACUUUUGCACCCUACAUUAUGAGGAAACAAAUAUAUUAAAAUUAAAUAUAUAUAUAUUACAUAAAAAAAAGUUAUGCUUCAGGGAAAUUCCAUAUAUUCCUUCAACAUGCUCUCUUCCGGUCUCUUUCCUCUUCCUCUUGUGUUUAGUUCUCCCCAUUGUUUUUUUUUUUUUUUCUAUGUUGUGUCCAAAUUUGCUGAUGUUUUUUAAGAGUUUUGUCUUUGUGUCAGGGGUGCAUUUGUUGUAAUUUAUUAAUUUUGGCUUCUUUGUUAUUGUAAUUAUUGUUAUCAUAUGUUUAGUCUUUUUUGUUUUCUCUCGUAUGAGAAUAUUCCAGGACACAUGCACAUCCGGCUGUGUGAAGUGAAUAACGUGAGUUAAAGGAAGGAACGUUAAUACUGUACAUUCUGUUCGGUCGGGGGUUUGGUGGGGAUAGCAUCCCAGGUUUCGCAUGUGAUUUAUCUAAAUUUACUUGACCGGCUGCAGCAGCCAGCAAUAUGGCCUUACCAUUUUUUCCCCCCCAACUUCUAAUUUUGAAGUGUCAACAUACUAAAUUCUCAUACAAGCACAGUUCAGCAAUCGCCCGUCGUGUGCUAACACUUGUUAGUGGCUUCUGUAUUCAUACUUCACUUCAUAGAGCUCUGUCCUUUCAGCCCCAUUUUUCCGUCUCCCAGUUUUCUCUCACCGUGUGUUUCCUUCUGUGGCCACUAGAUGGCGUCAGGAGCUCAACUCCAACUGUUACAUCUGAAGCUGAAUAGUGUUGCGAGCAUUCACAACACUGUAGUGAACUCUCAUGUCCAGUGGCGUUUGUUCAUUUAGGGCUCGUUUAGGUUUUGUUAAUUUUUACAUAUGUAUAUAGAAUUUAUGUUUACUAACUUACUUUACAGAAUCUGAGUUUUAAGUCUCCACUGUUUGAAUAACCAUAACUGCAAUAUACUAUCUUAACAGGUGAAGACCAUUAGUUUAAUUCAUAGCUGCUUCUGAGCUUCUUAAGGCGGUAUGUGUUUGUUACAGAUCUGAACUUGAAUGUAAGGCUGAAACUAAAAAUCAGAUUUGAAAUGAUUUGGUUUUAACUUGAGCCAUACCAACACAUUCACGCGGCACUUUUCCAUCUACUCUUCUGUCUGUGCGGCUCUUUCAUCAGUUACAUUUACUUCCCAUUUAUUAAUCGUCGAUGAAAAUUCCCAACACACCUAGCUGCUACAUCCGACAAAAUGCAUUUCAAUUAUUUUUUAUGAUAUAAAAAUUUGGCUGUUAUGUUUAUAUAUGAAAAUACAUUUCUACAUAUAUUUAAGUGUUCUUGUAUUGUGUAUAUAAUCAGUAUUAGGCAAAUGAAGCCAUGUUUAGGAUGGAGUGGCGUCAGGAUGUGGAUAAUUGAAGUGUCUGUGUAUGUGACUGUGCUGUGAGUUUUCUGUUCGACUCGUGCCCGGUGACGGGGUUGUCAGGUUACGUUUGGGCAGCCUGUAAAAAUUUACAUAAAGCGCUCUUCCACAUGGGCUCUGCAAAAAAAACAAGGGGCCAAUUGGGGACCCACUAUUUGUUUCUCAAAAAUACGGUGUGUGUAUGUUUGAGCGCUUUCAGUCCCAUAUCCCCAAAGCCCUGAUUCUGAAUAUUGCCUCACAGAGACUAAACAAGUUGACAUUUUGACGGCCAGUUGUUACAGCCCUCAGCAACAUUUCUGACUCAUGAUCAGUCAAGGCUGUGCCUCUUUAUGAUGUCAUCAAAAUAUGUUCAUAUGAUGUCAAAGGAUGUAGGCAUAUCAGCUCAGGUCUUAACUAUACUUCGUAGUAUGAAGCAGGGCGCAUCCACCAAACAAAAUAUGACAUGGGUCAGACUUGUUUUUGUUCUCUUCUGGACUUUUUCAUGAAGUGUAUUGAAAUCUUGAAAUUCCCUAUGCUUGAACAGUCCAAGCACGAGGUUUUGGGGACCUUUUAUUUUUGCCUUGUUCUCUGCUGGCUAACUAAAAUCUCUUUGUACAUAAAGACUAGGGGGCUUUAGGUCUUAACUUUGAUUAAUGAGCUCAAAGAAUGUAACGGACUCCAUAAACCGUCCUUCAUUAUUUACCGUGUCUCUCAAGAGCUGCCCGCUUUUUGUCUUUCAUCCAUUAUUCAUUUAGAAAAACAUGAGACUCCUUGCACUGUCACAAAUUACACGCUAUGUUUAGAGAAGGGUUACUGAGGAGUAGCUUUACUGUAAUGACUCGUAGGAGAGUUGUGUGGCAUUCUGGAAGAAAAGAAAAGGUCAUUUGUUCCUUCCCAGAUGUUUUAGAAGACUCAUUCAUAACCCAAAACUUGCCUACACCCAAACUCCCCCCAAACCUUUUCCACUCAUGAGUAACACCAUUUGGGGGGCUGUUGUAGCUGCUGCUUGAACAGAUACUGUAUCUAUUCCAGGUCCUGCUGCAUCUUUGAGGGCUCGAGCACAGAGACUGCUCUAAGUCCUUAACGUUGUCUAUAACAAUAGGAUAGAAUGGUGCCUUAGAUUGAGAUUAGUAUUUUUAUUGUAUCACAGUUAACUAAGAAAGCUUUUCCUUACCUCGGCCUCGACAAUCAGUCUACCCAACCAGGGCGACUUUGUGAAUAUGAAUAUUUCUCUGGAAGAUUUACAAACCUAACAACACCCUGUCCAAGUAUAAUUUGUACUGUAAAUAUAUCUAAAGUGUACGGAGAUGAUACAAAAGAAAUAAAGUCUUGCAAAAAUA